UUAUUUAUUUUAAUUCCAGUUCGUUUUAUUUUAUUUAAAUUGUUUUCCUCGGAGAAAGAAGAAUAAUUUGGAAGCUUUCCUUAUUUAAAUCCAAUAAUUCUUAGUUUAUUUCCUAAUCUCUCAUAAUUUUAUAUGCUUGAUCCACAAGUUUCACAUUUUAGAAUCAUUAUAUAACUCCUCUCUUUUGCUCCGAUUCUGAACGGCCGCCGUAACUCCUCUCUUCUUAUACAACUCCAACCUUCAAUACAUCUUUACCGAUCAAAUUCUUCUCUCUCACGUUCGAAACACGUAUAAAAAAAUGGAGAUGGAGGAGUGCCAAGUUUCUGUGACGCGAUUUAGUGGCACUCCGAAUGGCAGUCAAUAUUUAAAGGCUAUUAGGCUGAAUGGUGACGAGGUCUAUGAUUUCUUUAUUGACAUGUCAUUUAUGGGCGAAUUAGAAUAUGAAAAUUACAUUCAGACUAGUUAUUGUGAUGGGAUUUUCUGUUUUAAGGAUUUUAAUGGUCGGAUUGCUCUUUGCGACCCGAGGGCCAACACCGUGAAACUCCUUCCCCCGAUCCUUCCCGCUCCCCCCUCGUCUCAAAUCGUAGUUUAUAAUUGUGGUUUUGGUUAUGAUUUUUCAUCUGAUGACUACAAGGUCAUUAGAAUCUAUGAUGUUGUUAAGUACGACAUUAAAGAUUUUGAUAGAUAUCUUGGUGCCACUGAAAAAUGUGAGGUGUUUUCGUUCAAAUCUAAAUCUUGGAAAGAAAUUGAGUACGAAGGAUGUUCGUUUAUUUGCAACCAUGGUGGUUAUGCCCUUGUGGGUUGUAGUUAUCAUUGGUUAGCUAUUGAUUUCAUUCUAGCGUUUGAUUUCAGUGAAGAAAAAUUUUCUCACAUCCCCUUACCAUUAUCUUUUAAAGAAAAAUCUUUUAAUGGAAAUACUCCAGCUUGUCACGUUGUCGUCACUCCAAACUCUCGUUUAGGUGUCAUUUUCUAUAGCAAAGUUGGAGUGUCCAAGACUUUUCAGGUUUGGGAAUAUGGAAUAAAUGCAGAAUGGUCUCAAUUAUACAAUGAUGCCCGUCUUGAUAAUGUUCACAGACCUUUGAACUUGACUGGUUCAUUGAUGUAUGUUUCACGAUUUACUGCUGAAAAGGGCUUCCUUCAACUACUAGUCUAUGACUGGGUUGAGGGAACAUUGAAUGAACUGGAUAUUUAUGAUCAUGAAUAUGUGAUGGGGAUUUGUACUACUAUGCCAUCCUCAAAUCCUCCCAUGUUGCAGGAUUCGAAGCGGAUUAAUGGCCAAAGUGCACAAGAAUGGGAUGCGUGCUGGAGUAGAGAACUGAGGAAAGCUAUGAAGGAAGGUUGAUAAUAUCAUCAAAAAUUCAUUAUGUAAUCUCUUGGCUUCUGGUGAUUUAUUCACUUUUUUUUAGGGAUGAUGUAAGAGAUUUGGUAAUAUAUUUCUGGAAGAUUUUGAACUGUA